GUAAUUAAAAUUUUUUUUAAAAAGUAUAAUAUUUGUGUUCGUAAUCAUGUACUAACGCACCAAGCAUAAAAAUGUUGAUACAUUCUCAUACUUUCUAAAGUCAGACCACACACACUCACACUAAAAAAAAAAAAAAAAAACAGAGCAGAUCGGCGAAAGUCAUGUUCUCCACAAAAACGAUUAUCUUUAUCGCCGUCGUGUCCCUUCUCGGAACAUUCUCAUUCGCCGCCGUUGAUACUUUUGUCUACGGCGGCUGCUCGCAACUAAAAUACUUUCCAGGAUCGCCUUACGAGUCGAACGUCAACUCUCUACUCACCUCGUUCGUUAGCUCAGCUUCUCUCUAUACAUACAGCAACUUCACCGUCGACGGAAUAUCCGGCGGCGACAGCCCCGUCUACGGAUUGUACCAGUGUCGCGGCGAUCUCUCCUCCGGUUCCGGUGAUUGCGCUAGGUGCGUCGCUCGAGCCGUUAGCCGUCUCGGAAGUCUCUGCGCCGGCGCGUAUGGUGGUGCGUUGCAGCUGGAAGGCUGUUUCGUGAAGUACGACAAUUCCACGUUCCUCGGAGUGGAAGAUAAGACGGUGGUGGUUAGACGUUGUGGAUCACCGGUUGGGUAUAACUCGGACGAGUUGACUCGGAGAGACUCGGUGGUGGGUUACUUAGCGGCGAGUAGCGGUGGCUCUUACAGAGUGGGAGUGUCGGGGGAGUUACAAGGUGUGGCGCAGUGCACCGGAGAUCUCAGUGCGAGCGAGUGUCAGGACUGUUUGAUGGAGGCGAUCGGACGGCUGAAAUCGGAUUGCGUAACAGCCGCUUGGGGUGACGUGUACUUAGCAAAGUGCUACGCGCGGUAUUUAGAGCGUGGAGGCCACUCGCGAUCCAACGGCUACGGUGGGAAUCGUGACAAUAAUGACGAUGAGAUACAGAAGACACUUGCAAUCAUAGUUGGCUUAAUUGCUGGAGUUACGUUACUCGUCGUUCUUCUUUCUUUUAUGGCAAAAUCGUGCGAGAGAGUUAAAGGUGGAAAAUAAACUACGUUAUGGGCUUUCUCGCAUCUUGACUCCGUGUAUCAUCAAAUACAUUUUAAAAAAGAAUUAAAUGCAUAAAGGAGAAAGAAAAGCGAAGAGAUUCUUCAUAUUCUCCACCCAAACCCUAAAAGAUGGUUCCUUUUUGACUCGCUUUAAUUUAAGUUUUCUUUCUCUCUCAAAUGUAUAUAGAAAAUAGAAAACUCACGCCGCUAAGAUUUGUAUCCGUAUCUUUUUAUAUUUGCCCUGUUCGUUUGGCAGCCGCAGCACCUGCGGCUGCGGCAGCGUUUAAAAUUGUUGUUCGUUUAGUUGCUGCCAGAGUAUUUACGGCAAAACGUUACGGCAUAUGCAGAUUGUUGCGUUUAAACAUUUUAAACACCAAAAAAAAUCAAUGGUAGGGUUAUGAUCUGUGGCUGCGGCUGCGACC